GGUCAGCAUCAGUUAGUGGAGGUUGGGAAUCCUCCCCUUCUCCCCCGCCUCCUUCCACCUGGCUCCUCCCCGAGUUCGCCAAGCUCCCCUCCCCCUUUCCCCAAGGACAAUCUGCGAGAAAGCCGCGACCGAGGAGAGCUAAGACUGAAAGAGUGGAUCAUGACCAAUGAAGAGCAUCAUGCAGCUAAAACCCUGGGAAUUGGCAAAGCCAUCGCUGUGUUAACCUCUGGUGGAGAUGCCCAAGGUAUGAAUGCUGCUGUCAGGGCUGUGGUUCGAGUUGGUAUCUUUACUGGUGCCCGUGUCUUCUUUGUCCAUGAGGGUUACCAAGGACUGGUGGAUGGUGGCGAUCACAUCAGGGAGGCCACCUGGGAGAGUGUUUCCAUGAUGCUUCAGCUGGGUGGCACAGUGAUUGGAAGUGCCCGUUGCAAAGACUUUCGGGAGAGAGAAGGACGACUCCGAGCUGCUCACAAUCUGGUGAAGCUUGGGAUCACCAAUCUCUGUGUCAUUGGGGGUGAUGGCAGUCUCACUGGGGCUGACACCUUCCGUUCUGAGUGGAGUGACUUGUUAAGUGACCUUCAGAAGGCUGGUAAGAUCACAGCUGAGGAGGCUAAAAAAUCCAGCUUCUUGAACAUCGUGGGCCUGGUUGGUUCAAUUGACAAUGACUUCUGUGGCACUGAUAUGACCAUUGGCACUGACUCUGCCCUGCACCGGAUCAUAGAGAUUGUAGAUGCCAUCACCACUACUGCUCAGAGCCAUCAGAGGACAUUUGUGUUAGAAGUAAUGGGCCGCCACUGUGGAUACCUGGCCCUUGUCACCUCUCUGUCCUGUGGUGCCGACUGGGUUUUUAUUCCUGAAUGUCCACCAGAUGAUGACUGGGAGGAACACCUUUGUCGCCGGCUCAGUGAGACAAGGACCCGGGGUUCUCGUCUCAACAUCAUCAUUGUGGCUGAGGGUGCAGUUGACAAGAAUGGCAAGCCAGUCACCUCAGAGGACAUCAGGAAUCUGGUGGUGAAGCGUCUGGGAUAUGACACCCGGGUCACUGUUUUGGGGCAUGUGCAGCGAGGAGGGACGCCAUCAGCCUUUGACCGAAUCCUGGGCAGCAGGAUGGGUGUGGAAGCAGUGAUGGCACUUUUGGAGGGGACCCCAGACACCCCAGCCUGUGUGGUGAGCCUCUCUGGGAACCAGGCUGUGCGCCUGCCCCUCAUGGAGUGUGUCCAGGUGACCAAAGAUGUGACCAAGGCCAUGGAUGACAAGAGAUUUGAUGAAGCCAUGAAGCUGAGAGGCCGGAGCUUCAUGAACAACUGGGAGGUAUACAAGCUUCUAGCUCAUGUCAGACCCCCGGUCUCUAAGACCGGUGCAUUCACAGUGGCUGUAAUGAAUGUAGGUGCCCCAGCUGCGGGCAUGAAUGCUGCUGUCCGCUCUACUGUGAGGAUUGGCCUGAUCCAAGGCAACCGAGUGCUGGUUGUACAUGACGGCUUUGAGGGCCUGGCCAAGGGUCAGAUUGAGGAAGCUGGCUGGAGCUAUGUUGGGGGCUGGACUGGCCAAGGUGGUUCCAAACUUGGAACUAAAAGGACACUACCCAAGAAGAGCUUGGAACAGAUCAGUGCCAACAUAACUAAGUUUAACAUUCAGGGGCUUGUCAUCAUUGGAGGCUUUGAGGCAUACACAGGGGGCCUGGAGCUGAUGGAGGGUAGGAAGCAGUUUGAUGAGCUCUGCAUCCCAUUUGUGGUCAUUCCUGCCACAGUCUCCAACAACGUCCCUGGCUCUGACUUUAGCAUUGGGGCCGACACAGCGCUCAAUACCAUCUGCACGACAUGUGACCGCAUCAAGCAGUCUGCAGCGGGCACCAAGCGCCGGGUGUUUAUCAUUGAGACUAUGGGGGGCUAUUGUGGUUACCUGGCCACCAUGGCAGGACUGGCAGCUGGGGCCGAUGCUGCUUACAUUUUUGAGGAGCCCUUCACCAUUCGAGACCUGCAGGCGAAUGUUGAACAUCUGGUGCAAAAGAUGAAAACAACUGUGAAAAGAGGCUUGGUGUUAAGGAAUGAGAAGUGCAAUGAGAACUAUACAACUGACUUCAUCUUCAACCUGUACUCUGAGGAGGGGAAGGGCAUCUUCGACAGCAGGAAGAAUGUGCUUGGCCACAUGCAGCAGGGUGGGAGCCCAACUCCCUUUGACAGGAAUUUUGCCACUAAGAUGGGUGCUAAGGCUAUGAACUGGAUGUCUGGGAAAAUCAAAGAGAGUUACCGUAAUGGGCGGAUCUUUGCCAACACUCCAGACUCAGGCUGUGUUCUGGGAAUGCGUAAAAGGGCCCUGGUCUUUCAACCAGUGACUGAGCUGCAGGAACAGACGGAUUUUGAGCACCGAAUUCCCAAGGAACAGUGGUGGCUGAAGCUGAGACCCAUCCUCAAAAUCCUAGCCAAGUACGAGAUUGACUUGGAUACUUCAGACCACGCCCACCUGGAGCACAUCUCUGGGAAGCGGUCUGGGGAAGCUACUGUCUAGACUUAUUUGGAGUAGGGGUAUAGAUUAUCUGAUCAUGGCCAGCUCACCCCCUGCUAGAUCCAAGUGCACAUUAUCUUAGUGUUUUAGCUCUUUUUUUCAUUAGGUUUCCUUUUAUCCUGUAACCAUGAUCGGCUCUGGCCAGGAGCUGGGGGAGGGGCCAGUGAAUGGAGUCUCCUUGGUGAAUUUACCAUUACUUCAACCCCAGCUUCAUCUGUUACACAGGCUGUGUUCCUCUACUGCUACUGCUAGAUGUCAGCUACUGAGAAUUUUCCUAGAAAUAAGCUUUAUUUAUUUCUUUGUGAUAACAAAGAGUCUUAGUUCCUCUACUACUUUUACCACAGGGACAAACUGUAACGACGCUAAUAAAGGCCAUCUAGUCAUUGUG